UACGGAAUGACCAAGCUCUCGCGCACUUUCUUUUCAGCGCAGUGUGUGUAUACAUUCGCUCAGCUGUUCUGGUCAGAAGUGAUCGCGGCUCAUCUGAUUGCACAAAUUUUCGAAGCUCCGGGGUUUAUUUUUAGUACGAGUGCCAUGUCGUUUUUGUACAAUCCUCGUAAAUUUUUGCUGCGUAAGAGCAUGUUACACGGUUUCUAAUUCGAUCGAUACAUCAAAGUUCCUUGCUGAUUGACAGACUCGCUCCACUCGUCACUCACCUCGGUUAUAUUUGGGAAUUUGACAUUAAUCCGUGAUCGAUGCGUCCCGCAAAUUGAUAUUAAAUUACGACUGUAACAAUCAAGGCUGAACCAUGAAGAAGACACGCUCGAAUCUGUUCCGUGACAUUUAUUAUCUGCCGUACAAUGAGUGCUCCAAGAUGAAGCUUUAUUCCAGCAGUAAAGCGAGUCUUCAGAUGAUACAGCGUAUGGCUUUAUUGAAGAAAUUGAAAGUGCAUAACGGUUGUGUAAACUCUCUCUCUUGGAAUAAUACUGGUGAAUUGAUACUGUCUGGUAGCGAUGAUCUACACCUUGUACUUACCAAUGCUUAUGAUUACAAGGUGAUGACAGAUUAUAAAACCAGUCACAAAUCAAAUAUAUUUAGCGCAAAGUUUCUGCCUAACAGCGGAGAUCAUCGGAUAGUUUCGUGUAGCGGCGACGGCACUAUUUUGUAUACAGAUUUAAUGAGGAAAACAGAAACGUUUCAUAAUCAAUUCAAUUGUCAUAGUGGCACUACUUAUGAGGUAGCAACACUUCCUGGUGAAUCACACACCUUUCUCAGUUGUGGGGAGGAUGCAACUGUAAGAUUGUUUGAUCUUAGAAUAAAGGAGAAAUGCAAUGCCUUGAACUGUAGGAAGGAUGUACUAAUUUCUUGUAAAAGAGCUAUAACUGCCUUGUCGGUAAAUCUCGCUUCGCCCUACCAACUAGCGAUUGGCUGUUCCGAUAGUACAGUAAGAAUAUUUGACCGAAGAAUGCUCGGAACUCCAGCUGAUGGGUGGCCAGAUAGGAGUAGAGAGUACCUUGCCUUAUGCAGAUUCACAGUUCCCGAAUUUGAAGGGAACUCUCAUAGAAUGACAUCGUUAAACUACAGUCCCGAUGGGCAAGACGUUCUUGUUAGUUACAGCAGCGAUCAUCUUUAUCUGUUCAACGUAAAGGACCAGGGUACCGUGCAAUUGAAGAAAGACGUCGCGGCAGGAAAAGGUGAAGGAAGGAAACUGAGGUUACGAUCGCCUCUACCUGUACGUAGAUUGAGACUUAGGGGCGAUUGGUCCGAUACUGGUCCAGACGCUCGACCUGAACGCGAAGGUGGUCGACGUAACGGUAUAGAAAUUGCACAAGCUAGACCAGUGCUUCACACUUCGUUAAUGCAGAGAAUGACGGACGUUCUUAGUAGAAUGUUAAACGAUCCUGCCACCAGAGCUGCGUUGUGUGGUGGCGGCGAAGAUAGUUUAGAAGGCGUGAUCGAUCACCAAGAUAAUACUCAAAAUAGCAAUGAAAACACUGCGGAAGCUAGCGAGGAAAGACGUAGCGAAUCUGAAGGAGCAGAGAGAGUUCCAACCCAAAGCAACGAAGAAACAGUUGUUGCAGAACGACAAGCAGAGGGAUUCGAAGGUGCAUGUUCGAGCGGUACGCAAAGCGAACCCGAAGCAACUCGUUCCGCGAUAGCGAAGAACCAGUUACCAUCAGAUCAAACGACUGACGAAAACCCGGUUGACCCCAAAUUGAAUGUUCCUAUGAAAACUGAAUCUAGUCAAACAAAAAUACAAAAGUGUUCCGUGCAACCUUGUUCUUCGCGUACUCCGGAUAGGUGCAACGAUAAUCUAGAAGAAGAGCAAAGCAGUAGCGUAGACUCCCCGUGCGCGAGUGUGGAGAAUAAACAGAAAGGACACAUGAUGGAGAACUUAAAAGAUAGACUGGCAAAGAUGAAGGAAGGCGUCAUCAUGAGAAACGGCAGCGAACCGGGCGUGAGCUUCAUUUACACGGAUAAAAGUUCGACCAGCGCAACUAUAUGCUGUCCUACAGGUUCAUCCGAUAGUCGCAGUAACGCAACGUUCUCGGGCAAAAGUCAUGACAAACACUUACGAUAUAGUGAUACACAAGAAAAGACUGAUGAAAGCGCUUUUACCGAUAGUGACGACGACGAUAUAGACCUUAGAGAAAGGUAUUCUAGAUUCAGAAGUCGAGUUGUAGAAAAACUGGACGAAGCUAUCGAUCAUGACGAAUCGUCUCAAGGGUCCACAAGCUCCGAUAAGGCAUACGUAACGAAACUUCGCGUGAAACAAAAGUACAUGGGACAUCGCAACGCUAGGUAUAUUAUCACUUAUUUUCUGUCAUCGUGGUGACUGUAACGAUAACUUGUUCGUUCAACGCAAUUCUCGCGUUAAUUGUUUCGAAUCAUUGAGAAGGCUAUAAGCGAUUCUAAACGAAGGUGUACAUGACUUAGUCUUGUGACUAAAAGAUUAACAAUGUAAUCAAACCACGUGUUAUUGGAUGAGAUUAAGUAACGAAACGUUGUAGGAGACUUUAGUUGAUAGACCAAAUCUGUUUAGCGAGUUUGGUACCUCGAGAGAAACCUUGUCACGUAAUAAUGUUAACCAAGGUUGUUUUUCAUUGCGUUCGACGUGUAUGUACGUUUGAAUCAAUCGGAAAGCCAGACUAUUGACUCUCAAAGUUCCGAAAAAGCCUUCGAGCGGACUGGGCCAUUUCUCAGGGGGCCGUCCAUAUUUUAUCUGAUCGGUUGGCCUUCCCCCCC